AUGGACAACAGCGGCUGGCUCGGCUUCUCCUUGUCUUCUUCUUCCGCCGCCGCCAGGGGCUACGGCGACGGCGGCGGCGAGGGAGGAGGGGGAAGCGGCGGCGAUGGUGGUUCCUGCUCUUCUCCAACUGCGGCGGCGGCGGCGGCGGGAUCGCCUGUCGUGGGCGUGCCGUUGCACUCUAGCGGCUCUGCGCAGUACGAUGGUCAAGAUUGGAGGCAUCAUGCGGAAGCCAAAGGCCCCAAGCUGGAGGACUUCCUGAGUGGUGGCUACAGCAACGACAGGAGCAGCGGCAUCUACGACGACGGCAACCGCGCCGACCAGCUCAAGUACCACCAGGACGUGCACGCCUUCCCUGCAGACUCGUACUACCGUGGCCAUGGCGGCGGCGGCAUCAUUGGGCUGGACAUCAACAACGCACCACCCUGCGCCGGCCUCUCGGACCACCGAUCCCUCGCGCCGCAAGACCACCACCACCACUUCAUGCCUCCGCACCACGGCCACGCCCAAUACGCGCUGUGCACGCCGAACCAAGGCGGGGGGCCUAUGCAGGCGGCGCCGAUGUACAACGCAGCCGCGGGAUUCGACGGCUCCAUGUCCAUCUCCGGCAUCAAGUCCUGGCUCCGGCAGUCCAUGCACAGAUGGACGGGGAGGUACGAGGCUCACCUGUGGGACAACACUUGCAGGAAGGAAGGCCAGACCAGGAAAGGGAGACAAGGUGGGUACGACAAGGAGGAGAAAGCUGCGAAGGCUUAUGAUUUGGCAGCGCUCAAGUACUGGGGUCCAACGACUCACAUAAAUUUCCCGUUAAGCACCUAUGAGAAAGAGCUGGAGGAGAUGAAGCACAUGACAAGGCAGGAGUUCAUUGCGCACUUAAGAAGGAACAGCAGUGGCUUCUCGAGGGGAGCAUCCAUGUACAGAGGAGUGACCAGGCACCACCAGCACGGCAGGUGGCAGGCCAGGAUUGGCAGGGUGGCAGGGAACAAGGACCUGUACCUUGGCACCUUCAGCACGCAGGAGGAGGCGGCGGAGGCGUACGACAUCGCGGCGAUCAAGUUCCGCGGGCUGAGCGCCGUGACCAACUUCGACAUCAGCAAGUACGACGUGAAGCGCAUCUGCGCCAGCUCGCACCUCAUCGGCGGGGACCUGGCAUGCAGGCGCUCGUCCCCGACCCACGCGCCGGCGCUCGUCAACGCCCCCAUCACCGUCGACCGCUCCGACGUCGCGUCCGACCACAGCUCCGACGCCUCCGACGGCCACCGCGGCGCGCACCUGCUGCACGGGCUCCAGUACGCGCAGGCCAUGAAGUACGAGGCCGGCGAGAGCAGCCACGGCGGCAGCUGGAUGCCGGCCGCGGCGAGGCCGGUGGGCGGCGUCCCGGGCGUGCACCCGCUCCCGGUGUUCGCGCUGUGGAACGACUGA